UUUUUCUCUCUCCUUGUUGCUUAUUAUCAGCAUCCGUCAUUCCAAGUACCAAGCGGACUCCUCUGUUCGUCUUCACAUUUAUAGUCGAUACGCUUUUUAUUACAUUCUCGCCUUGAACCCGCUCCUCCGCUUGCGUCGCUGGCACAGUAUUCGCUUCACCAGCGCACCAGCGUGUUCACGGUGUAAAUAUAGCGAGCUUUUGUUUUAGCCUUGAGUAUUCAAAGCCUAUUAGUUUCUGCUUGAUCGCCAAGGCUCAGACCAUCCAGGCUUCUGUCAGAUUUCCUUCCUCGGCUCAUGGCUGGUGCGAACACCCAUUCGAGACGACAUCCAUGCGGUCAGUUCCACAUGACAGGCCAGGUUCCCAAACACGGACACUUUCAUCCUCCCACGAAACCGCUCUCAAAACCCUCCACACCACCUCCAACCGUGCCUAGACAAUCAGCAGCGGUCUUGAGGAGCAGCCGGGGUGUCAAGGUCCCGCGAUCAUCCCUUGCCGUCCCUCAGUCGCCCGCUUUUCUCGCGGAGAAAUCAGACUUGGAUCGGCUUCAGCGAAACCCGAAUGAAGCCGUGCGACCUCUCGGCUCUCGCGCGCGAAACCCUGCCUCUGCUGACCUCCCGCUGUUGUCCUUCUCGAUAGAGGAACGAAGCUCGUUCGGCGUAGCUUCCAUCUCUCCAGUAACGAAGUGUCUUAACAUCGCAGCCCCCUCAGCCAGCUCAGCCGAGCGACUAAGGGACAACCCUUUCUCGGCUGUUCUAGACGGUCUCGACCGAGCAUCGUCUGGGUUGACUCAUCUGAUCAACCAAGCAUCCGGCCAUCGGCUCAGCAGUUCUCAUUCGUCCUUAGAUUCGCCCGACGUAUUCCCUUCUGGUUUUCGAAAGAAGGCCUCAGCUGAUCGAGGGGGGAGCGUCGUUGGUGAGGGUGGCGGGGGAGGCUGGCGCAGAGAGCGCGCGAGCAUGCGCGCUGUGUUCGCCGCGCUGGACGCGGACGGCGACGGGGUGAUCUCCGCGGACGACCUCCGCGCGUACUCCGCCCAGCGCGGUCUCCCCGCGGGGUAUGCGCUGGAGUUCGUGAGCCGCGCGCAGCGUGGGCGGAGGGGCGCGGAGGACCACUUGCGCGGAGAAUGGCCGUUGCCUGGAACGGGGUUUCCGCAACAGGUGUUGCGGAACAGCCUGUCCGGGGACGGAUGGAACGGCGCGGGGUGCGCGGCGGGAGGGCUCCAGGCGGGCGGAGCUGCGGGAGCUGGCAUCGGCGGAAGACAUAUCGGGGGAAGGGGAGAGGAGGGAGUGGUGUUAGGCGGGAAGGGCGGACCCAUUUUGGUGCCGUGCCGAGCAUCGGCAGGAUUUGCGGCGUCGUCCUCCCAGGCGCUGCCUGCUGUGGACCUGUCAGCACUGCUCUCCUCCGCCGCACAGCAGCUGCAGCGCGGGCUGGACUCGGCGCGCUUCCAUCUCGGAGCGCUCAGCGACCGAAGCAGCAGCGGUGGCGGAGUGGGCAGCAGCAGCAGCAGCAGCAGCAGGCCGAGCUUUGGGGUGUCGUAUGCGGCGUUUGAGGAAUUCGUGGACGCCAAGGACAGGGCUCUGUGGAACUCGUUUAGGUGCCUGGACAGUAACGGGGAUGGCUGGGUGUCGCAAGCGGACCUCGAGCGCAGCAUGCGGGACCUCGCUUCCCGCUGCAGUCACACUCCUGUUGCCACUGCUCCGGUAGCUAUUGCAAAAGGCACUCCCCCCAACAGCGCUGCCAGCACUGCCAGCACUGCAGGCACUAGUACUCCUGCCAGCAGCAGGCUCUCUGCUGGGCUCGGGCAGCCUUGCACUGCAGAUUUUGUUGGGCGCGCGUGCAGCAGGAAAAUGGUCAGAGCCCUGCAGCAGCAGCAGCAGCAGCAGCAGCAGGAGGGGGAGGGGGAGACUCGGCGCGUGCAGCUGGUAGAGAGCGCGGAGCAGAGGCAGCGGCAGGCAUGCAGAGGGGCUGCCCGGGAUCCCUUGUCUCCAGCUGUAUCAUUCGAGGAGUUCCGAAACUACUUCACUCUGCUCCCCGCGUCCGACCAUCUCUUUGACUACUGGAUCUCCGCCUCCUGCCCCCUCGCGUGCCACGUGCCAGCCGCACCUGAUGCCCUUGCUGGCCCGGCAGGGCGCACAUCCCUUGGGUCGGUGGGGGCGAUGGCAGCAGCAGCUACAGGCCUGGCGACAACGGGAGCAGGAGUUGCCACAAGAAAGAGGGCGAGCCGAAGAGGGGUCCCUAGAAGCAGGCGCAGCAGCAGCAGCGGAAGCAGCGGAGGCGGCGGCAGCAGCAGCAGCGGUAACAGCAGUGGGAGCGGCAGCAAGAGGGUGGGCGUGUGGCGGCAUCUAGUGGCGGGCGGCAUGGCAGGAGCCACGUCCCGCACCGUGACAGCUCCCUUGGAGACGCUGCGCCUGAGAAUGAUGGUCACCUCCGACCAUGGACUCCUGCAAACAUGCUCUCAAGUGUGGAGCGAGGCGGGGUGGAGAGCCUUCUUCAGGGGCAACAUGGUGAACGUGGUUCGCUCUGCUCCUCAGAAGGCCAUCGACUUCUUUGCCUUCGAGGCCUUCAAGCAAGCCAUUGCCACUGUCUUCCCUACGGGCCCUGCGAGUCUUCAGGUGGUGGCAUCAGGUGCUUUGGCAGGUGCCACGUCCACCCUGGUGCUCUAUCCCCUGGACGUUGUCAGGAGCCGCCUCACUGUUGCCGCCCGCUCUCAGUACACGGGCAUUGGCAACGCGCUCACCACCAUUGUGAAGCAGGAGGGCGUGCCGGCCCUCUACCGCGGACUGGGAGCCUCCCUGCUCUCCAUCCUGCCUGAAGCGGCUAUCACAUACGGCUGCUUCGACCUGCUCAAGUCUGCGGUGCAGCAGUCCACCGGCCGCACCGUGGGCGUGCUGCCCGCGCUCGCCUGUGGUGUGGCUUCCGCCUUCACGGGGCAGCUCGUGGCGUAUCCCCUGGAGCUCGUUGCCAGGAGACUGCAGGUCUCUGCUGCAGCUGCAGGCGCUGCUGGGGCGGCAAAGCAGAACCUGGUAACCGUUACCAAGGCGAUCGUAGCAGAGCGGGGUGUGGCAGGGCUGUACCAGGGAAUAGUCCCCGCGUCUCUCAAGGUCAUCCCAAUGGCCAUAGUCAGCUUUGGGGUGUACGAAUCAGUGAAGUUUGCCCUGGUGCACCUGGCAGAGCAGGAGGAGCGGAGGCAGGGAGAGAGGGAGAGGAGGAGGGAGGAGGAGGAGGAGAGGAGGAGGGUGGUAGAGGAGGCUUUGGAGGAGGAGAGGGGGGGAAGGAGGGUGUAUUUGCCGGUGUGUAAGUCGUGCCGGGAGGAGGUGCCGCUGUGUGGGAGGCAGAGGGGGAGUGUGCUGCUUGUGGGGUGAUGGUGCUGCUGCAACGGAGGGAGUGUAUGGGAUGAUAAGCGGGCGGAGAGUAUAGUCUGGCGCGCGUGGCGUGCCGGCAGGAGGUGCCGCUGUGUGGGAGGGAGACGGGGAGAGAAGCAGCGCGCUGCUUGUAGGGUGGUGCUGCUCCUACAACGAUGGGGUCCCGAUGACAGUGGAAUUGAUGCGAUGAUGAAGCUGCUGCUGCUGCCAGGGUUGGGUGUCUUCCACUCGAUUGUUGGUAGCCAUGAGUGGUGCUAAACGGAGUUGCCAUGUGGAUGUGGUGUAACUAGUGCUGGUGUCCACAUGGUGGCUGCACGAUGCACGUAUGGACGUAUUCCAUGGGCACCAAAUCUUGAGGUUAUCUACCUAGUUGGAGCCCCCUUCAAGUAUAUAUGCUGCCGUAGAAUGAUAAUGUUUUGGGGGGCACUCGGCCUCAUCUGUGGUUUUUUUUUUUUUUUUUUUUGGUAGAAUCACAUCAGGGUAUUUCGUAAAGGCACCUUUUCGCAUCAGGGUGCUAACGCUACACCACUUGUGAAAAUCAGGGUCCGGUACAAACAUAGUU